AAUGCUUGAAUUUUUGUCCACCGACAGUGCUUGCCUAAUUAUUCCACUUGUCUUUUUCCUGGAUCGUUUUGUAGCAAUUGUUUUGUAAAGCAACUGCUUUCUUUUCUCUUUCUUUCUAAACUGCUUAAUUAAACCCAUCCAUCAUCUACAAUAUAAGAUUUUCUUUCUUCUUCAAGUUUUCAUCUCAAAUAUCAGAUUUGCUUUCAUUACAGCUCCAGGUGCAUUCAGAGAAACGGAUAUGGAAUCCAUUGAGUUUUUUCAAGUUUUCAUCACAAUCAUCAUGACUCUGUUCUACAGCUACUUCAGAUCAUUAACGUCUUCUUCUUCUUCUUCUUCUGCUGCUGCUGCUGCUGAUACUGAUAUCCCCCCUGUUAAAAAUAAGUACGAUGUGUUUCUUAGUUUCAGAGGUGAGGACACGCGCGAUGCUUUUACCAGCCAUCUUCACAAGGCUUUACUUGGGAAGAACAUCGACACCUACAUAGAUAACAGGCUCGAGAGAGGAGAUGAAAUUGCUCCUACCCUUCUAGAAGCAAUCGAGAAAUCGAAACUUGCACUAGUCAUUUUCUCAAAAGACUAUGCUUCUUCCACAUGGUGUUUGAAAGAACUUGUGCAAAUACUUGGAUGCAAGAAAAGCCAUGGACAGAUUGUUAUACCCAUUUUUUAUCGCAUAGAUCCAUCACAUGUACGAAAACAGCAGGGAACUUAUGCACUUGAAGAUCGUCCGCUUAAGCGCAGCCGUAGGGAUGAGGUGGCCAACUGGAGGGCUGCUUUGGAGGAAGCAGCAAAUAUGUCUGGGUUUCAUUAUUCCAGCAAAACAGGGACAGAGGCCCAUUUUGUUGAGAAAGUUGUUCAAGAUGUUUUGACCAAAUUGAAUCGCGAUUUGUCAAGUGAUUUAAAGGGUCUGGUUGGAAUUGAAAAGAAAAUUGAGAAAAUUGAGUCGUUAUUAUGCUUGGAUUCACCAGGUGUUUGCUGUGUUGGUAUUUGGGGCAUGGGUGGUAUUGGCAAGACCACCCUUGCUGAUGCUGUAUUUCACAGGCACUCCUCUAAAUUUGAAGUUUGUUGUUUUCUUGCAAAUGUCAGGGAGAACUCAGAACAAACGAAUGGACUACGUCAGUUGCGAAAUACACUUGUUCGUGAAUUAUUGAAGGAUAAAGAUGUAAAUAUCAACACUCCGUCUAUUCCACCUCAUAUUCAAGAUAGGCUCAGGCGUACAAAGGCGUUCAUUGUUCUUGAUGACGUGAAUGCUCGAGAACACCUAGAAGUUCUUGUUGGUGAUCAUGAUCGGUUUUGCCAAGGAAGUCGAAUCAUUAUAACUGCUAGAGAUAAAGGCCUACUUGAGCAAAAAGUUGACCCUGCGAAGAUAUUCAGCGUUGAGGGAUUAGGUUCUGAUGAAGCUCUUGAGCUAUUUCAUUCGCAUGCUUUUGGAAAUAAGUCUCCAACAACAGAUCAUCCUAAGUUGUCAAGAGAGGUGGUGGAUUAUAUUAAGGGCAUUCCAUUGUGAUGAAAAAGUGAAAAUUGAUGGGGGCGUGCGUAGUGGCGUUCUUGAAUCUUGGUUUGAAUGCACGAAAGUUCUUUAGUCAAAUCUCCUUGACUUUACUUUUUUAUAUUUUAAUUUCUAUUGAUCGUUUGUGCUUUUUUUAUCUUCAAAAGCAAAAGUUUGUACGUAAAGCGUGUAAGGGGGGUCCCAUGUGCCCUUGCCUUUGUUCAGUGUAUUGUUCAGUGUAUGAAUGCUUGAAUUUUUGUCCA